CGUUAAUACCUUUAAAUAUUUGCUGUUUUGCCAAAAAAAUAAUGAAUUACCAUCGCUAUCGUUGGUGCAUAGUGUCUAGUUGUCCAAAUACUAGCAUUAGAACUACAGAAAAGUUGUUUAUCAAAGUGCCAGAUGAUAUUAAAAUGAGGAAUGUUUGGUUGAAACUCGCAAAACGUGAUCCUAAGUCAUUAUCAAUUAAAAGUCGAUUGUAUUUAUGUGAGGAUCACUUCAAUUUGGAACAAGAUAUGGCGAAUUAUAUGGAAUACAAAAUAAUGGGAUCUGUAAAACAUAUUAAAAUGAAAGUAAACACCAUCCCAUCCAGAUUUAGUUUUAAUACUAAGAAAAAAUGCAGAUCACCUAGUGCUAGACGGUCAACUCUAACAAACACGCAAGGGCUGGAUGUUCCAGGGACUGAAAACAGCAAGCUAUCUGAAGACUACAUUGAACCAACAGCAACAUCAUCUAAAUCAGAUUUUCACAAUAGUCAAGUUUUAGGAUACAGGAUAAAAUUGGAAGAAGAAAUUUGUAAUGACGCCCCGGAGACAAAUGAACCGUUAUUUCAAGUGAACGUAGACAUGGAACGCGAAAACGAACCGCUCAUCAAAGAUGAAAUCAAAAUGGAGGAGGAUCACCCGCAAUGCCACAUUUGUCUCAGCGUCGGUCGGAAGAUGUUUCCGAUACGCAAAUACGAAGAGAUCUAUAAGAGGUUACUGUACGACGAAUAUCAGGACCACGGUGAUGUUACAUUCGACGCGACGCUCGUCUGUUGGGAGUGUAACGCGUUGCUGCGGAACGUCGAACAGUUUCAGAAUAGAAUCAGACAGGCUAACGAGAUGCUGCAGAUGCAACAAAAUAUAGUCUCGCUAUCCAGUUUGACGACAGUUGUGUUCAGUGACUCGAGUCCAAACAGUAUAUACUUGGAGGAGUCAGAGGAAAAUACACGAUACCAGAUGAACAGCGAGAACGAUGACCAAAUCAAAGAUCACGGAGGCACGUCUGACAAAGAUUCUGUAGGUGAAGACGAACCUCUGGAAGAACUAACAAAGGAGGAAGAAGAAACACCUAAAGAGAAAACGGUUGAUAGGAACAAAUGGGCGAAGAGACGCGUGCUUGUAAACAGAGAACCUAAGUUCAGAAUGAUUGAAGAUUUUAGUGAAAUGUUCAAGAAGGUUUCGUUCAGUAUUAAGAUAUUGCAAGAGGUUUUAGAAGAACGCAGGAAGCAGGAAUGUUAUACGAAUAGCGAGUUCAGAUGUUCGUCGUGUAUACAAAGAUUUGAUAAUAGAGAAGCUUUGAUGGAACACAACAUUCAGUAUCACGAUAAGAGCGUCGGCAUGUACGUUUGCGACAUUUGCCGAUCGAGGUUCGCCGACGUACAGAGUCUGUCGUCGCAUCUGUUCAGCCAUUACUACAUGUUCUACUGCAAGCUGUGUGACUACAAGUGCUACAGCGAGGACGACACGAGAAGCCAUGCGCGUGCGCAGCACGGGAGUAAGGCGAUGGAGUGUCUCAAGUGUAACGGACUGUUCAGCGCUCGUCGUGAGUUCUACAAACAUUACAGAGACGUCCACGAGACGCACAUCUGUGACUAUUGUGGGCUAAGAUACAAGUUGAAGGACAGUCUCAUCACCCAUAUAAGGAAAAAACACUCAACACGAGAGUGCAAUAUCUGUAAGAAGACAUUCACCCGUUACAACAGCCUGUGGCUGCACAACAAAGUGCACCACGGACCGCCAACGGCGACGGCUUACUGCGUCGAGUGCGAUGUCGAAUACGCCGAUCCGUAUCGCUACAAGUGGCACUUGGCGAACAGUGUUAGACACAGGCCGAGGGAGGCUGUGAGUAUUAUUUUAUCUGGUUCCAGGGUUCGUUGUCCCGGCUGUGAUAAAGAAUUUUCAAAGAAAAUCUACAUGAAGAACCAUUACGAUCUCGUCCACCUGAAGCUUACCAAGUUCAAAUGUGACGCGUGUCAAAAGUAUUUUGGAAGAAACGCCGAUCUUGCAAAACAUCGUCGACGAGUCCACGAAGGUGUCCAACCGCCCAAAAACAAGAUCUGUCAUAUUUGUGGACGGGGAUUUACCACCAACAAGAUCCUCGCCAACCACACGCGCACGCACACGCAGCGUCAGCUCGCCUGCCCACAUUGUCCCGCACGCUUCGCGCACAAACGCGUGCUGGCGUCGCACAUGAGGGCGAUGCAUCCCAGCUGAAUUAUGUAUUCGACAGUUUCGUUUACUGAAGAAUUUUUUUUUUUCAAUCGACUCGCUUGGAUAAUAAAUAAUGA